AUGAGUAACGAAACAAAAGCACGCAGGCCUCAUGUGCUGAUAUUCCCUUUACCCCUCCAAGGCCCCCUCAACUGUAUGCUCAAGCUUGCCGAGCUCCUCUGCCUCGCCCGCAUCCGCACCACCUUCCUCAACACCCACCACGUCCACGCCCGCCUCCCCUCCGCCGCCGCCCACUACUUCCCCAACCAGUACCCGGGCCUCUUCACCUUCCAGACGCUUCCCGAUGGCCUUCCACCCGAUAACCCCCGCACGGGGGACCAGAUCGAGGCCCUGCUCGACUCCAUGGACCGUGUGUCCGUCCCCGUCUUCCGGGAGAUUGUCGUCAACCGCUCGGACGAGCCCGUCACGUGCGUGAUCGCCGACGGGAUCUUUACGUUUGCGGUCGACGUGGCUAAGGAGGCCGGGAUCCCGCUCUUGUAUUUCGACACUAUUAGUCCUUGUGGGCUGUGGACUUACAUGUGCCUGCCCAAACUCAUUCAAGCUGGGGAGUUUCCUUUUAAAGAUGACAACUUGGACGAGAUGAUAACAAACCUGCCUGGCAUGGAAGGCAUCAUUAGGCGCCGUGACCUCCCUAGCUUUUGUCGCACAAAGGACAUCAACGACCGCAUAAUACAACUUGUCCUCAAAGAGGACAAACACAUCCCCCUAUCCCAAGGCCUCAUUUUCAACACAUUCCAAGAGCUAGAGGCCCCCAUACUAUCCCAACUACACGGCGUGUGCCCGAGAGUGUACGCAGUCGGGCCCCUCCACGCCCACCUCAAAACCAGGUUGGGCGUGGAGGCCUCUCGAGUCUCCAGUAGUAUUUGGAAAGAAGACGAGAGAUGCGUGUCCUGGCUGGACGCGCAGCCCUCGAAAUCCGUUAUCUACGUCAGCAUCGGGAGCCUGGCAGUUAUUACUAGGGAGCAACUAUUCGAGGUAUGGCACGGCCUGGUGAAUAGCGGGUCGAGGUUCUUGUGGGUCCAGAGGCCUGGGUCGAUUGUCGCGUCGGGUUUUCCUGAGCCCGGCGAGGUUCCUCCGGAACUUUUACGGGGGACAGAGGAGAGGGGCCGCAUUGUGAGUUGGGCUCCACAGGAGAAGAUUUUGGGCCACCCGGCCGUGGGUGGGUUUCUGACUCACAGCGGGUGGAACUCGACUCUGGAGAGCAUUGUCGAGGGGAAGCCGAUGAUCUGCUGGCCGUACUUUGUGGACCAGCAGGUCAACAGUAGGUACGUGGAGGCCGUUUGGAAGGUCGGGCUUGACAUGAAGGACACGUGCGACCGGGCCGUGGUGGAGAGGAUGAUUCGGGAGGUUAUGGUGUCGAAAAAGGAUAGUUUCCUAGAGAGGGCGAGCGAGGUGGCCGAACUAGCCCGAGCGAGUGUGAGUGAAGGCGGGUCUUCGUAUGCGGAUAUGGAUCGACUCAUUGAGGACAUCAAGUCAAUGAAGAUACCAACACCACAAAAAUAG